UAAACAGUACUUUAAUUCUCAAAAAACACAUACAAGUAGCUCUGUGUUAAACCUGUGUGAUGAAUCGUUGAGUUUUAUAGUCUCUCCUGCCGUUUCCGCACGAAUGGAACGUGACCGCGUGCGCUACGUGCGGCGCGUGGCGGCGCUCGAGCUCGGCGUGGGCGAGUCGGAAAGAAGGAAAAUAAAUUUUUCAAAAAUUUGACUCGAUAUUCAUAUUGCUAUACUGCUGCUGGCUAACUUAAAGCACGAGACAAUAAAAUUAAAAAAAAUAAAGGUGAUGGAGUGGAAACCAAUGGAAAUAAACCCCGAGAUGCUGAACAAAGCCUUAGGCAAACUGGGAGUCUGCGGAAGCUGCGCUUUCGUCGACGUCCUGGGGCUGGAGGACGAGCUGCUCUGCGAGGUUCCCAGCCCGGCCUGCGCCGUCCUGCUGCUCUUCCCGCUCAGCCAGCAGCACAAAUCUUUCAGAGAGGAGCAGACAAGACGCCUGAGUGGAGACCACCACGAGGACCUCGGGGUCUACUUCCUCAGGCAGACCGUAGCCAACUCGUGCGGAACCGUCGGCCUCUUGCACUCUGUGGCCAACAACAGGGACAAGCUGGAGUUUGAGAGUGGUUCUGUUCUGAAGCGAUUCCUAGAUGACACUCUGGGUAUGUCUGCAGAAGACAGAGCCAAACAUUUGGAGAAGAGUGAGGAAAUACAUAAAGCCCAUAACGAGAUUGCGGCUGAAGGACGUUGCACGGUGGAAGAAGGUAAAGUAAGUUUUCACUUCAUCACCUUCGUCAAAGUGGACGGACAUCUGUGGGAACUAGAUGGAACCAUGAACUUCCCCGUGAACCAUGGCGCUACCGAUGACGAACACUUCUUAAAGGAUGCAUCGAAGGUCUGCCGUCAGUUCAUGGAGCGUGACAAAGAGGAGGUGCGCUUUUCAGUGGUGGCGCUGUGCAAACCAUAAUCAGGUCACUGUGAAGGAAGAUGAACUCUUCAAAGAAACCGAUCUGUAGGACCCACGACUGCUUGAAUAACGAUGAUUAGAAAAAAAUUCUGUCAUUGUGGUAGACCUUGAGGUACCAGCUAAACACAUCCCUCCGUUUUCUAAAGUUUUUUUCAAACGCCAAACGUUUUUUGCCUUUUUCAUGAAAAAUAUUUAUUCACAA